UGUGGCUCGUGGGUCUGUUGUUUACAACUGUCCGUGGUUGUUUGUGAUUGGGCUCGCGGUCUGCUGCAGUCGAAAUUAAGGACUCAACCAAGUGCCUUUAACCAUGAAGCAGCUGCCUCCCGAUACCGUGCGGCUGCUUUCCAGCUCCCAGGUCAUCACAUCCGUGGUGAACGUCGUGAAAGAGCUGAUGGAGAAUUCCCUGGAUGCUGGGGCUUCGAGCGUUGACGUUAAACUGGAGAACUACGGUUUGGAGCGGAUAGAAGUGCGUGAUAACGGCCAUGGGAUCAAAGCCGAAGACACUCGUGUGAUGGCCGUGACGCAUUUCACCUCAAAGAUCUGCAGCCACGAGGACCUGGAGCGGCUGCAGACGUACGGCUUCAGAGGAGAGGCACUGGGCUCCAUCUGUGCCGUGGCCGAGGUGUCUGUCAUCACGAAGACAGAGGAGGAUGACAUCAGCACCCAGUACACGCUUAACGUCACGGGGGAGAUUGUGUCCCAGAAGCCGUCUCACCUGGGUCAAGGUACAACCGUGAGUGUACUGAAGCUCUUCAAGAAUCUUCCAGUGAGGCGGCAGUACUAUUCUUCUACCAAGAAGUGCAAGGAGGAACUGAAGAAAAUGCAGGACCUGCUGAUGGCCUACGCCAUCAUAAAACCUGACUUGAGGCUCACACUCAUUCACAAUAAGGUGGUGGUCUGGCAGAAACCCAAGGUGGCAGAUCACAGAAGUGCCCUCCUCGCGACACUGGGGGCCGGCGCCGUUGCCAACCUGCUCCCUUGCCACCAUCGCCAAGAGCAACCAGAGAUUGUUUUAGAUGGCUUUAUUCCAAAACCUGGAGCGGAUUACUCUUCUACAAGCUCAUCUAACCCGGACAAAACAUUCAUAUAUGUCAACAACCGGCCUGUCCACCAAAAAGAUGUAAUGAAGUUGUUGCGUCAACACUACACUGCUCAGUAUCGGGAUGACCCGGCCCGGAACCGUUAUCCCACCGCCAUGCUUAAAAUCACAGUUCCACCAUCCUCAGUCGACGUCAAUCUGACACCGGACAAGACCCAGGUUCUUCUUCAUAACAAGGAGGCUUUGCUGACCGCAAUAGAGGUAUUUCUGGUUUCUAUCUAUGGCUAUCGGCCUAGUGGGGACCCCCCAGCUGAGAAGCAGCUUGGCCCUGAGACAUCCCCCUCACCAUCUAGUCCUUUGCAGACUGAUACUUCACAAGCACAUAAUGAAGAAAGUGUAGAGAAGGAUGGCAGUCUCACCAACCACCACGGUAACUUCCUCAAAGGUGCAUCUAAACACGGUGACACAGCUCUGUCAACAGCAGUAAGCACAGCUGCUUCGCUGGACCGCCAGGCCUCAAACGGCAGCUCUUCAUCGUCUGUAGCAGAGGACUGGUUCGUCAACCAGAUCCCAGCUGGGCUUUUGUCUGACUUUUCUCUCUAUGAUGAUGAAACCGCUCACAGCUGCACUCAACUGCAGACAGAAGAAACCGGUUCAGCAAGCAGGCCCCCUCACAGGCUGGAGGACAAUGCUGCGUCGAGCGCAGGCACGAGCAAAGACCAGAUAUCGGCUGAAGAUUGGAGCCGGGGGACGGCUUUGACCGACCCCGUAUCACGGGAGCCCCUGCAGCCCGUCCACAUCCAUCAACCCACAAGGAACAAUCAGUGUGACGAGAUCAAGAGUCAGAGCAGCUCAGACAAAAAGAUGUUCAACGCCAUAACAGAGAAGCGGGCUGCUCUGACGGCCUACGACCUGGUCAGUAACCGGGCCCUGAGGGCACCGCUGUCCCCCGCCGCCCUAUUCGAGAAGGAGGCCAGACUAGAGGUCCUCAGGGAGAAGCCUACAGCCAGCUUGCAGGAAGUCAGCGUCACUGUUGACGAGAGGUGGAAAAAUCUGAGGGAGGAAGAACGUAAGAAGUAUGAGGAGAAGGCAAAGAAACAGCUGGAACACCACGAGCAAAGGACCAGGAUGGCCUCUGCUGAAGGCCCCAGAGAGAUGAGCAAGACCCCCCAAAGGGGUCAGAAACGCAAGACCCCACUGUCCAACCAGCAGCUUCUGGACCAGCUCUUCUCUGCACAGCCCCACAAGAAGACGAGGAGCCCCGCGCCCAAGCCCUCGCAGCCCCUCCCCUGCAGCCUGGCUGCCCUUCGGCUGCAGCUCCAGCGCCUUUCAUCCCAGAGCAGCGCAGUGCCACGGGGCCUCCGUCUUGUAAACCGGCUGGCCUCUCGGAGCGCCUGGGUCGUUUUAUGUGGUCAGAGGCUCAUGUUGUUAAACCCAUUUCGAGUGGAGGAAGCCUUGCUGUUUAAGAGACUCCUAGAGAAUAAUAUACUUCCAGCCGUGAGUCUGCAGAACCCUAUACAGCUAACAGAUGGUGUUCUCGGGGGAGCUGAAUAUACCGAGACUUUGUGCAACAUGGAGAAACAAAGCCCUGAUCUAAAGGGAGGGGUCCUCUUCUCUGAUCCCAGGCUCGUGGCUAAUGGGUUUAAAAUCCAACUCACUCCAGGCCUCCCGUCGGCCGAGAGACAUCUGGAAGUGACAGCUGUGGCAGACUGCGUGCCUUUCCUCGGUGUGGAGGACCUCAGGGAGAUCCUGACUGCAGUUGUUCACAGGAAGGCUACAUCUGUGCAAGAGUGCCGGCCGCUUAAAGUCACAAACUACCUACAAGGUGAAGCAGUACGACUUGCCCGACAGUUACCUACAAAUUUAUCCAGAUGUGACGUGGAGGAAACCGUGAGACGGAUGGAUCAGCAGCUCGGUGAGAGCAACCGGACCUGCAUCCAUGGACGAGCAUUCCUCCAAAACCUUUGUGAUGUCCCUUCUACAGACCAGGAAGCCAAAGCUCUGCUGAGGCCUUUACAGCUAUAAGAAGUAGACUCUUCCUAAAAAAUCACAGCAGUGCAAUGUCUAUGUCAGUCUCAUUUUAAUGAGGCUGAUUAAUCUCAGUGUUAUGUUUCCAUUCUGCUUAAAUGAUGUCCGACUUUGUCACAAACAGAACAUUAAAUAAACAUUUUUCCACA